GCAACCGAGGGAGGCGGUGGGCAAGAUGGCGGCGGCGGCGGAUCUUACUGCGGCCUGGCGCGGCCCGUCUUAGCCUCGCCAUGACCCUUCGGCGGCUCCUUUGGGGGCUGUUGUUGCUGUUUGGGGCUGGGGCCCAGGAUGGGGAUCACGAUUUCCAACCUUCACUUAUCUACAUGUCUGGGACAACUGUCACUGCUUCUUUGACCAACAGUCAGGCAGAUAUUUUCUCUCUUGCUGUGGCAGACAAUGAAACUGGAUUAUUGCCCCUUUCAGAUUGUACUGGUAGAAACGGAACGGAUGACUGGAGCUUGCAAGUCACGCAUCAGAGGAAUGUCUCCAGGGUGACGGUAUCCUUGAUCAGGCCCUUGCAACUGUGUGUCUCAAACUUCACCGACUGCUGUGUGGAGGCACUGUGCUUGCUUCAAACUUUGCAGGUCUCAGCUUGUCAAGGGGCAAAGGUGGUGGCCCGCCUUUUAAUCCAAGCAGAAAUAUAUGCUAAUACAUCUUCAGGAAACAUAACAGGAAACAGUGAAGAGAAUGCAACAGUGAUCCCCAAUCAAGUGUUUCAUCCUUUGGGCUCCUGUCCCUGCAACCUCACAGCAGGAGUGUGUGAUAUUCGGUGCUGUUGUGAUCUGGAUUGCACCCCAGAGAUGAAGCAGCUUUUUGAGGGCUCCUGUUUUGAAGGUGUGUUUGGUGGGGAUGUCAAUCCACCUUUCGACCAACUGUGUUCUGUGGAAUCAGGAAGCUCGGCCCCCGACUGGUUUCCCUUCUUAUGUGUGCAGUCUUCCCUUAAUAAUUCACCUUUUCUUGGGUACUUCUACGAUGGUUCUACGUCUUCAUCCCGAGCCUCUUCCUUUAAGCUUCCGUUGCAAACUGUCCCAGGAAAGCUGUCUGGUGGUUACAAGCAAGGAGAUCCUAUCCUGACCAUUCAUAAUGACUAUUUCACAGUUCCACAGCCAUUCAUAGCCGGGCAGUGUGCGAGAAAUGCUCCAGUUUCCUUCCUUCAGAAUAUUGAAGCUGAAUGUGUGGCUACUUGCAAGGAAGCGGGGAGUGUGGUGCCCAGCAUCAUGAUAAACAGUGGCAUUGGAGAUGGCAUCAAACCAGAGGUGACCUACGAGAACAAAAGCUCUGCCUUGGUCCGUUGUGCCGGUCAAGAGUGCAGAAAUGUGAGCUUUGCCGAAGAUUACCUCAUCAUUUGGGAAGGCAAGAGAGUAAAAGAAUUGAAGAUCAAAGUCCUUUAUGGAGCAAUGUGUCCAGAAGAGACGAUGACCCAGAAAUUCACCGUCACUUUUGUGAGCACAAACGCUACAAGCAUGGAAGAAUUCUCGGGGAAUCCAGGUUAUCAGGUUGGCAAGCCGGUUAGAGCAGCAAACCUGAGUUCUUCGGAUCCUGUCACCACGUUAAAACUUUGGAAGCCUGAUGGUAAGAACUUGUGUUCGUCAGGAAACGUGACCCCACUUUUGUUUGGAUUGGGUUCCAUUUCUGGAUGCCUUGUAGAAGUUGGUCCUACAGACAGCUGCACGCAGCUGAGAGAGGACGUCGCUGCAAGACUUAAUUCCUUGGUGCAAGUGAGCCAUGUGGGAAAAAGAGGCAAUGCGAGUAAAAAUGUUCCAGAUGACUGGGUGGAAAUCAUCCGUUUAAAUGCAGUUUCCAAUACAAAUGCAAGUGUUGGGAGUUUAAAAGGAAUCUGUCCUGAUGUUCCUGCCCACUUGAAUAUUCAGAUUAUCACGGCUGAUGUGGGCACAAUAGAAGGGAUUGCACAAGAAGAGAUACUUGGUGUGCAAAUCAGUUUUUCAACAAUAACUUGGCAAGUUCCAUGUCCUCUGGCUUGUCAAGAGAAAGUAAGUUCCCUUCCUGUCUCUGCUGCAGUGCGGUUUAUUAAAGUACCUGCUCAGCCCCCAGUUCCAAAGACAAGAUUUCAGAUUAACUACACAGAGUACGACUGCAGGAGAAAUGAUGUUUGCUGGCCCAAGCUUUUUUAUCCCAUGACACCCUACUACACCGGAGAACCGUAUUCUCACACCCUUGCCAAAGGCCUGGUGCUGGUUUUCUUCAUUGUCCUUGCGGCUGUGCUGAGCGAUCCUUGGAACGGAAUCCUCCACUGGUGGAACAAGGCCUGAGCCUUCGCAUCACCCAGAGCGAAGGGAGCCCCUUUGACCGUGCUUUUCUGUAUUUUUCCUCACACAAACACACGUUUUCUGGAAAGGGAAAACGUUGGGCGUUUUCCCUAGAUAUAUUUUCCCAAAGAGAAAA